CAACUCCUUCAUUCCAUCGGUGCGUAAAAAGGAGGUUAGACGUUGCGCACAUUUUCACGUCCAAGCGCUCAUUCCUCACGGCACGGCAAGGGUUCCUCUGAGCAAAGUUUGGGAUACGCUAAACCGCGACCUUACAGCCUCUAACCCGGGGAACCGCACUUGUUGUGUUAAAUUUUCUUUUUUGUUUCUUUUUGUCGGAGGUGAACAACUUCGCCGCCUCCAAGUUAUUACCUGUCCCAUCCGCUGGUCCGCGGUGCGUCGUGUCCGGGCAGCAGCGUCCCCAGUUUGAUUCUUCUCCAGUGGAGCCAAGUCCAGCUGUGGAGCAACUUGCUUCAAAAUUGUGAUCUUCGGAGUGAAGAUGGGAAACAUCACAGCAUUCAGUUGCUUCAUUUUCUUGACCUUUGCAGUCUUCACCACCGCCAGACCAAAAUCAGGUCCCGAUCAGAAAUGUAAGUCUGGUCCGGUGGAUCUGGUCUUCCUCAUCGACAGCUCCCGCAGCGUAAGACCUCAUGAGUUUGAGACCAUGAGGAAAUUCAUGAUCGACAUCCUGAACACCCUGGACAUUGGACUCGACACCACUAGAGUGGGAGUUGUUCAGUACUCCAGCAAGGUCCGCAGUGAGUUCUUCCUGAAGACCCACAGCAAGCUGGAGAGCAUGGUGAAAGCCAUUAAUGAGAUUGUUCCACUGGCUCAAGGCACCAUGACAGGCCUCGCCAUCAGAUAUUUGAUGAAUGAAGCUUUCACUCCUGGACAGGGAGAUAGGCCAAAGGUCCCCAACGUAGCUGUGAUUGUGACAGAUGGACGUCCUCAGGACCGUGUGGCGGAGGUGGCAGCUGAGGCCAGAGAGAAAGGCAUUGAGAUCUAUGCUGUGGGAGUGGCGAGAGCCGAUAUGACAUCACUAAGAGCCAUGGCGUCGCCGCCCUUUGAAGACCACGUCUUCCUGGUGGAGAGGUUUGACCUUAUCCACCAGUUUGGACUGCAGUUCCAAGACAAGCUUUGUGGUAUUGAUCUGUGUCUGGAGUCGGAUCACGGCUGUGAACAUAUCUGUGAGAGCUCCCCAGGAUCCUACACCUGUGACUGCCUGCCUGGAUACAGGCUGAAUACUGAUGGGAAAACAUGCUCAGCCAUCGAUCUGUGCGCCGAGGGAAAGCAUGACUGCCAGCAGAUCUGCACCAGUUCACCUGGCUCCUUCACCUGUGACUGCAACCAAGGCUACCACCUGAAUAAUGACAAGAAGACAUGCUCACCCGUUGACCUGUGCACUGAGGGAAAACAUGACUGUGGACAAGUGUGUGUCUACAUGGGCCCGGGCAUCUUCACCUGCGACUGCAACGAGGGAUUCAGACUCAAUGAGGACGAGAAGAGCUGCUCACCCAUUGACCUGUGUGCUGAGGGAAAACAUGGCUGUGAACAAGUCUGUGUCUACUCGGGCCCGGGCAUCUUCACCUGUGACUGCAAUGAGGGAUACAGACUCAACGGGGACAAGAAGACCUGCUCACCCGUUGACCUGUGCGCUGAGGGAAAACAUGAUUGUCAACAAGUCUGUGUCUACUCGGGGCCGGGCAUCUUCACCUGCGACUGCAACGAUGGAUACAGACUCAAUGAGGACGAGAAGACCUGCUCACCCAUUGACCUGUGCGCUGAGGGAAAACAUGACUGCCAACAAGUCUGUGUCUACUCGGGCCCGGGUAGCUUCACCUGCGACUGCAACGAGGGAUAUAGACUCAACGGGGACAAGAAAACCUGCUCACCCAUUGACCUGUGCGCUGAGGGAAAACAUGGCUGUGAACAAGUUUGCAUCUACUCUGGCCCGGGCAGCUUCACCUGCGACUGCAACGAGGGAUACAGACUCAACGGGGACAAGAAGACCUGCUCACCCAUUGACCUGUGCGCUGAGGGAAAACAUGGCUGUGAGCAAGUUUGCAUCUACUCGGGCCCGGGCAGCUUCACCUGCGACUGCAAUGAGGGAUACAGACUCAACGGGGACAAGAAGACCUGCUCACCCAUUGACCUCUGUGCUGAGGGAAAACAUGACUGUGAACAAGUCUGCGUGAACAUGGGCCCGGGCAUCUUCACCUGCGACUGCAACAAGGGAUACCGACUCAACGAGGAUGAGAAGAGCUGCUCAGCCAUUGACCUGUGUGCUGAGGGGAAGCAUGACUGUGAACAGCUCUGUAUCAGCGCACCAGGCGUGUUCACAUGCGACUGUAACAAAGGAUUCAAACUCAACAAGGACAAGCGGACUUGCACAAACAUGGACAUGUGCAACACAGUGAAGCAUGGCUGUGAGUACCAGUGUGUUAAUACUCCUGGAUCUUUCUACUGUGUUUGUCCUGAGGGACAACUGCUUCAGGAGGAUGGCAAGACUUGUGGCACUUGCAAGUCUGCAAACAUCGACCUGGUGCUGCUGAUCGAUGGCUCCAAGAGCGUCCGCCCUCAAAACUUUGAGCUUGUCAAAAAGUUUGUUAAUCAGGUUGUAGACUCUCUGGACGUGUCUGCUCACGGCACCAGAGUCGGUCUGGUUCAGUACUCCAGCCGAGUCAGGACUGAGUUCCCACUCAAUAUGUACCACACUGCCGCAGACAUCAAAAACGCAGUCAUGAAGGUGGAUUAUAUGGAAAAAGGAACAAUGACUGGUCUGGCACUGAAGCACAUGCUGGAAAACAGCUUCUCAGAAGCAGAAGGCGCCCGGCCAGCCAGUCGCAACAUCCCUCGGGUCGGGCUGGUUUUCACAGACGGACGAUCCCAGGAUGACAUCAGCGAGUACGCCAAAAAGGCGAAGGAAGCAGGAAUCACCAUGUAUGCUGUUGGUGUGGGCAAAGCUGUGGAAGAUGAGCUGCGUGAAAUUGCAUCUGACCCUGUGGACAAACAUUUCUAUUACACAACUGAUUUCACUGCCAUCAACACCAUCGCUGAGAACCUCAAACUUAAUAUUUGUCCAGCGGAGAGUCAGGGGGAGGUUGAGGUGAAGGAUCCAUGUGCCUGUGAGAACAUGGUGGAGUUCCAGCAGGGCACCAUCAACACUCUGGAUCUGCUCACAGAAAAACUCGCUGCAAUGGCUUCCCGUUUAGAGCAACUGGAGAACCAGCUCCUCUCAAGGAAGUGACGUGGUCAAACAGAGUGAGCAAACAGGCCAGCACACAGGCAGACUGAUGGGAAAAAAGAAGACAAUGACUCAUCCUGAAAAAAAGUAUUGUGAUCCGUGGCAUGAGCAACACGUGUUUGAGCAGCAGUCAGACACCCACAUGUGAAACAGGGGAUUUUACAAAACCUAUGAAUACUGUGAGAAAUACAGUAUGUGAGAAUUUUUGAUGGUGAUUGAAAUUUCUGUUGUCGCUCUAAAUGGCAUAAAGGAACCAACAUCAGUGAUGCCCAAUGUACAACAUAGGUAUUAUUUAAAAUAAACCCUUAAAACAUACCGUUUCCUACAAUGUAUUGUAAGAAACUAUUUAAUACUUGUAUUGAAUUACACAUUAGUUUCUGGUUUCUUUCAACGAGCACUCCACUCUAACCAGGCGGUCUGUUUUUUGUAAACUAGAUGCAAUCAGUGGACUGUAGCUAUAAGCCUAAAGUGUACCUUCAGGUUUUGUCAUUGUCACAAUCAUCUGCAUCCUUCAGUGCCCUUUUUAUACUGGAUCCCAUAUGUAUUUGUAUGUAUUUAUGGUAGAUUGCGGUUUUUAUUUUUUUCAACCAACUGCAGAAACACUAAAACCACGUAGAAGGACACAAGUUAGAGAAAUUAAGUCCUGAUACCACUUCCAUUAACUCUCUGGCUUGUGUCACAUAAAGCCUUUUCUUUUUUACCUCCUGAGCUAACACUCAGACCUGACUAGCUUUUCAGAGUUGAGAAGCAUUGAAAAGGUAACUGGCUUUAAAAUUAAAAAGGGAAUUUAUGAAAUGUUGAGUCUUAAUAUUUACUGAAGCUGUGGUGUUAAUUCAGUAGAGGAAUCUGCAAAUAUUAUAAGACAUACUGCUUUUAUAUGAAUAUUUAUAAUUUACAGCUCUUUUCAUAUAUGCUGGAUUAUAAUAUAUAUUGAAAAAGGUUCUUCAUUUGAUUUUAGAAACUGGAGUCUAAAUUUAUUGGAUUUUUUUCUGCUAAUUUAGAUGUUCAUUCUUUCCAUGUGUAAUAAAAAUACCACCAUAGAUUUAUAGCCCUUAAUAUCUGAACAUCUGUUUGAUUUCAUAUAUGUUCUAAUAACUAACUUUUUGUAUUUUUGUAAUGAGUCUGUUAAACCAAAGAGGGAAAUAAAGGACUAAAAUUUUUGCCA